AUGGAUACGACAGAAAUCGUCAGCCUCUCCAUCAACGUGAUCGUCAUGCUACUCGGACUAUCGGGGAACGCCAUUAUCAUCGCUGUUUACAGUCGAAAGAAAGCUAAGAAGAGCACCGAUACAUUGAUCUUGUCUCAGGCGAUUUUAGAUUUCACGGGUGGGAUCGUCGCCCCGAUUGAUAUCAUCCGUACGCUCGCUAACGCUGUCAAAAGUGACGCGCUCUGUAAGUUCACCAUCUACAGCAGCCGAAUCGUGGCGUAUUCGGCUCUCUACCUUACCUCGGCCAUCGCGGUAGAUAGGUGUGUGCUCAUAAAGAGACCGUUUGAUCGCCGCACCUCGCCAAAAAAGGCGUUCAUUGGUGUCGUAUUCUCGGUGAUGUUCGCAGGCGUCUCGCAGUCCUACAACUUUGUUUACGUUGAUUUGGCAGACUUCGGAAUCUGCGUAAGGCAUGGAAUGCCGGCGGCUGUUGAAAUAGCUGUCUCGAUCUUAACAACUGCCUCCUUUGCGACUACGCUCCUCCUGGCUGUCGUAUGCUAUGGCGUGAUCUACGCCUCGAUUCGUUCACAGGCUCGGGUUCGAGCCGCAAUGGUCGCAGUGCCUCAGUCAACAGUGGGAAACACUGGCACCGUAUGCGAGACUUAUUCAACGGAUUGCGGUUCGAAUGUAGCUCCCCAACCCACAGACAAUGGUCGCCAGAACAUAUUCAUCGUAGGGGUAAGACCGAAGGAAAGCCUUGAAGUGCCCUUUGAUGAUAAACACGAAAAUGGAAUUUCCAAAGAAAGCAAUGAAGAUGCCCAUCCCCAAGGUCGGGGGAACAACGAAGCAUGCACGACAAGUGGAGAUCAAUCGGGCAUAUUUCAUGCAAUACCUCACCGAUCACCGGAGAAGAAGGUUGUGCUGAGAUCACGAGGAGACCACAAGACCACCAAGAUGCUUCUCUUCACCACCAUCAUCCUUCUCCUGUUCUGGCUGCCUUCUACUGUCCUUAAUCAUGUCCCUGGUGAUGUUCUGACAACAUUCCGGAGACAGUCUGCAGGGAUGAACGCUCUUAUCUACUCAUGCUUUGCCAUUAGAAGCUUAAAUCACAUCGUCAACUUUUUCGUCUACCUCGUCGUCAACAAGCGAUUUCGUGGAGAUUGUAGGCAGAUCCUAAAGAAACUAUGGACACGCAAUUAA